UACUUUUAUUGGAAAAGGGGUUGCACUGGGCUGGGUUUUUGUGUUUGGAUUAUUUCCAAAGGUGUUGCAGGUUUCUCCAGACUUCCAACCCAAUCUUUAAACCUUUUAAAAAUGGAAAUUGGAAAUAAUCUUUCAUAAAAUUCAAGAUAAGAUAAAAUAAGAUAAAUCCUGAUCUAAUCAAUCCUGGGAAAUGAAGGUGUCAGAACAGUGAAAAACUAAAAAGAAAAAUAGGACAUUUAAGUUCAAGUAUUAAUAAAAAUGAUAAGUAAAACACAGAGAAGCUAAAUGUACAUGUACAGACACAAAUGAAGAUUAUAAUGAAGAUGAAAUGAUAUAGUAUAUGUGAAUGUCUAUGUGCAAGUAUAAGUCCAAACACUUCUUGUUGAAGUUGGUUUUGCUUUGUACAGCUGAGGGGAAAUAAACUGGCUGUGUCCAACAGUUAUAAGAGAGAUUAAAGGAUGAUCAGAAGCCCAUUUCAGAAUCUGUGGUGGUACAACGACAUCAUUUUUCAGGGCAAUUCUGAGAUUAUUUUGUUUAUCUUGGAAUAUUAAAGAAAAUAUGAUCUGUGGCAAACAAACGUUUAUGACACUGAGAUGUUUGUUCAGCAGGAUAAUCUCAACUUUAUACAGUCUUUUAAGUGUAAAUGCAACCUCCGUAAUGCUUUAAACAAACUAAAUAGCAAACACUAUGGCUACUGUUUUUUUUUUUACAUAUAUACGAUUCAGUCACUCUAGAGUGGGGUGUUCACUGACGUAUUUUAUGUUGUAGAUUUUGUUAACCACAGACAUUAUUUCCGUUGACAAGUCCCAGAAGUGUUAAAAUGCUCACUCAUUCCCAGGUUUAAGGACUCAUUCCUCCACCACUCUAUUUCAGUAGAGUAUGUACUAUGAUUUGCUGAGAUAUUUCAGUGGACACCUCUCUAAUGUUUGAGUUCCCCUCCAGUGCUUCCAUCCUAUCAUCGCCACGGUUACACAGAGAUAUAUGUGUUGUGAGUGUCAUGGAACUCGGUCCCCAUGGCGACGGUAAACAGUUGUGUCAGUGUAACUUACACACAGGUGAAACAUUAGCAGGACAAAACGAAGGAGCCACACACACAAACACAUACACACACACAUACAUAAACACACACACACACUGGUCAGGACAGAUGGCGGAUCCACAGGGAACAUCUAAGCCCAUCAACUUUGUGCAUCAAGAUGAAAUCUGGAAAGCACAUGUAAAAGUUGAGAAGGAUUCGGCAGCCAUUUGGCCCAAGAAGUGGGGUUCCCUGACCGAGGCAUACAAGGAGUACGAGCGGGAGAGUGUGAAGCUCAAGGAGGUCCUUAGAGCGGAGCUUCCCAGUGACCUGGCCGCACGACCUUUGACCCCCACAGAAAAAAUAAUCCAAGUGGCUGCCUCUCCUCCUGUCCCUCAAACAACGCAGGCUCUGAUUGGCUGGCGCUCAGGUCACUCGUAUCUUCAACUGAAAAAGUACGCCACGGUGAAUCAUGCGAGGCAUAGUUUUCUGAAGGACCUAGGCUGGCCUUUGGACGCUUGCAGCUGAUUGGAAGAUGUGACGUUUACCGACAAAUGACUGACUGACUGAUUGACUGAAUUAUUAGUGAGUUACGAGGAUGUAGCAUUUUAGAAAUUAAAAACAUCAAUCACAA